UAGCUUCAGGCUAAAUAAGGUUCUCAUAUAUAUCUACAAAUGCUAACCGUUACUCAGUGAGGACAGAGUCUUUGGUGAGAACGAGUCUAGCGCCUCAUUUGCAGACGACGACAUUGGUCGUAAAACGUCGUUUUGUAAAAGUUCUUUGCGCAACAUUUCUGAUUUCUGAUUAGGAACUGGCCAUGUUUAUUGUUCUCGAGGGAAUGGCGGCGACACGACAGAUUGCAGUCCGAUCGUCAACAGUGGAGAGAUGGCAGCACUUGCGAUUCUAAUUCCAUCCGGUUUAUCACUGGAGAAGGAGCAUUGAUUUGGUGCCCGAGGUUACUGUGAGCGGAGGAAAGAUUUCGCAAUAAAACGAUAAACAGACUGUACCGGAAUUGAUAGAUUGCCGGUGGACAAACCCACCUGGUUGGAAACUAUGCCCAUCUCCAGCUCAGGGUGUAACAAAGAAAAAGCCCUGUCCUCGUUUGAGACGAUUCGGUUGAAACGUCACGGAAAGUUGGAUAAAAAGGCGAAUACACUUGCGGACGAGUUGGAUAAAAAAUUGACGAAUCUUCACCGUGACCUUCAUCUCGAUUCCAUAUCCGAGGAUACAUGCGCACUCCCCGAGAUGACCUCUGCUGCAGGCCCCGAACAGCAAAGACUGUCACGUCGCCAUAGUGUUGACGUCAUCAGUUCUAGUGUAAACAAUAGGCGAGGUAGCGCAAGUUCUGCUUUACGGAAACUUAGCAUUGAAGACAAUGAAUCCGUUGGACCCUCACCACAGAGAGGAAGGGAGAAUGGCUCCCCAGCAAGGAGGGGAAGUGAUACUGUACCCCCACUGAAGAGAGGAAGUGACGAAGUCCAAAAUGACCCUGGAAAUGUAGAGAGCAGACGACAUUUGUCAAGGAGGUCAAGUGUCGACGUCAUAUCCGGAAUCGAGGAGGGUGCAUCCAGGCGGUUCAGCCUUGACAUUGCAAACUUACACAGGGAUAAUGACAGUGCUCUUAGCAACAGAGGGCGCCCUGAGACGAAGCAUAAUGCCACUUCUGGACGCAGGAUGUCGCUACCGGCGUUGUACCUCAGCAAUGCUGGUCAACUUGUGAAGGGCAAAGAUGACACUACACGAGGUUCGAGAAAACCCCCAAAGCGAACCCCGAGGAGCCUCGCGCAGCUUCGAAGUGACCCGGACCAUUGCGAACACCUCCUUCGGAGGGGUUCGGGAGAUGAAGGCAAGGAUGACGUCACGGGAGAAGUAGACGAAUACGAAGCGAUAAAAAAUUGCCGAUACCUUCGUCGCCGGAGCAGUGCUAAUGAGGAACUGUCGAUUGCAGAAAUUUUUUCAUGAGUUGAAGAGUUGUGUUUGGAAUGGGACAAUUUAGGAUAAAUCAGUUGCAUAAUAUUACUAUAAGUGUUGGCAGACUUUUUUUCUGUCGGCGGUUAUUUUCGAGGCGUACUUUAUUUUGUCUGUGCUCUACGCGUUGAAUGAUUGAUAUAUAUGAAUAGUAUAUUGCACUCGUACGCUGUAUACAGUGCUAUAUAAGCCGGUCUGGCCAUCCUCCAAACAGCUAUCCUGAAAAACAGCUCCACGCACGGGCGUUACAUAGUAAAUACAUUACAGAGCAAGGGCCUCCGUCUGCGCAGGAGCUGCGCAGUAGGCUAAAUUAUGUAUGGCUCAAAUUUGCCCCUGAUGCAAACUCAUUUUAACACAGGGCCGAUCAUUGGCGCCAACGCUCUUUUGACAAUGCGAAUAAAAAACCCUCAGAUUUCCGAUGUUCUGGUGUAAAAACUAAUCUAAAAAUAUUCAAUAUGUUGAGGAAAUAUUGUGCGCAAACCGAAAACAAACCAGAAAUUUAGACAACGAAGUCACAUUUUUAUUGCCUGAAUGAGUCAAUUAUUUUAUUUCCUGUCCACUGAACAACAUUAUCAAAUCGUCCUUGUGCAGCCAAGCGAGGUGGACCGAUCACGGCAUGAUAUUCAAUAUCAAUAUUAAAAUAAACGUGAACACGUCCGAUACCCGAUGGUGACGAGAAAAUCAUUUUAAUGAAGUGAAAUGGUUCGAUGGCAUCAUUAUACACUCUUCGGAAUAAAGGAUUUUGAGAUCUAAUUUCCUCUGCCAUGGCGUGAUGGUGGGCAUUCUUAGUCUUAGAGGGGUUUUGGAACCUCGUUUAAAUACCAUUUUAUUAUUAGCCUACUAAUCGCUACUAAACGAGUUACACUACUUGAGGUAUUUUGUGACAAAAAUCAAGCAACACUCAGCCAAUAAUAGUGUAGCCAUUGAAUAAGAACACGAAUUAUCUUUCAAAAGCCCCCUGUUGUCAAAAUUUGGAACCUAGUGCUAGUUAAGGUGCUUCAGUAUUAUUGGUUCCAAUAUUCUUGGUAUCACAAAUUACAAUUUUUUCUUUUU